AUGGUGUCCUACUAUAAUCACUUUGCGAUGUAUCCGAAGAACCACAGCGCCAAUCUGCCGUACUCGGCAACCUCCGGGUGGUACACGGGCAACUACCAGCAUCAGCCGCCCCAUCCGCAGUUCAUCGGCGACGGUGAAUCGUCACCGCAGCCCACCAUGUACUAUCCCCAUCCGCACGUCUUCCACCCGCAGUCCAGCCCCGAUUGGAACAGUCACGAGAACUUCGCCACAUCGCCCCAAUCGGGGCUGGGGCUUACGCACGGCCCGAGCCCGGGCGGUGGGGCCGGAUCGGGUGCCGGGUCCGGCGGCGGUGUCGGCCCCGGUGGGCUACAUCUGGGCCAGAACCCGAACCUACAUCAUCACCACCACCACCAUCAUCACGGCAGCACUAACGGGGGCAAUGCGAGUGGUAGCAAUGCGCACGAUCAUCUUACCGAUGGGCUGCACAGUAUACCGUCGCCGCCGAUUACCGUGUCCGGGAGCGACAUGUCCAGCCCGGGCGCCCCGACGGGAUCGUCCUCGCCGCAGAUAACUCCCCGCCCGACACCGGUCAAAAGCCCGUACGAGUGGAUGAAGAAGCAGUCCUACCAGAGUCAACCAAAUCCAGGAGGCCUUAUCAACAUCUGCUCGGCACCAUCCCUGCAAGACUUCGCGCCGGUGGAAUCUGGUGGAAAAUGGAAGACACGGACGAAAGACAAGUACCGGGUGGUGUACACGGACCAGCAGCGGCUCGAGCUGGAGAAGGAGUUCCACUACACGCGCUACAUUACGAUCCGCCGAAAGUCGGAACUCGCCCAAAACUUGCAGCUGUCGGAGCGGCAGGUAAAGAUCUGGUUCCAGAACCGCCGCGCCAAGGACCGCAAACAGAAGAAGAAGGCUGAAACUGGCAGCAGCGGUGUCGGCAGUCUCGGCGGUCAAUCACUCGUGGCGGCCCAUUCGCAAGCGCACAACGUCGUGCACGGUGGGCAGUCGGUGUCGAGCCUGCUGGUGGACACCAAACCGAAGCUUGAACCAUCGCUCCACCUUUCGCACCUGCACCAGAUGAGCGCGAUGAGCAUGGGCAUGGGUUCGAUGGGGCUGCACCAUCACCCUGGCCACCAUCCGGCACUGCAUGCCCACCUCGGCGUUCCCACAUCGCAGCACCAGCUGAAUCAGGCCGCAGCGGCAGUAGCGGCCGCCUCUCAGGUGCCUCCGUCAUCGCUCAGCAUAAUGUGA